AUGCUUGCCACCACCAUACUCUUCCCUUUCAUCCUCCCUGUCCUCCCUAUCCUCCUCAAAUGGAUAGGGUUCACAGCCAUCACCCUUUCCCGGAUGGGGAACAUCAUGAGUUCUCACGCCCUCUCCCUUCCCGCCAUCAACAUCAUCUCCCCCACCGCCGCCUGUCGAGACGCGUCAAACCUCUGA